UGUAAAUCUCUCAGGAGUCUAUUUAAAAAUGACUGAAGAGAAGAUUGGUUCUUUGGAGGAGGAGGCACUGAAAAGAAAAGAGCGGUUACAGGCACUCAAGAGGCAAAAUGAAGACAGCAAGGAAAACAAGGACGAUGGAACUGAAAACUUGCCAAAGCCAAAAUUUCGAAGCUACAAGCCACAGAACGAAAGUCUGAAAAGCAAUGUGGUAGAGGACGCGAAACCAGGUGAUGUGGAAGCUGUGGUGCAAGAACAAUUGGAUGCAGCGAGUAGUAAAGUGGUCAUUGAAGAACUAAAUAUCAGUAAUCUGGCACCAAGGAAACCAGAUUGGGAUUUGAAGCGAGAUAUAGCCAAGAAAUUAGAGAUUUUAGAGAGAAGAACACAGAAAGCGAUAGCUGAGGAAGUAAGAGCACGUCUCAAACAAGGUCAACAAGAUCUGGCGGCUUAUGUAAAUGUGCCUGAUAAAUGAUAGAACUGCUAUUAUUAAUGCAUAUGUAUAUUUUGUAAUAAAUCAUACAUUUUUAUAGAGUUU